AUGGUAGAUGAAGCAGAGUUAUUUUUUUCAUAAACUCCAACAUAUUGGGAAAAUCCAGAGAUAGAGAGGAUACCUACUAUGCCAUUAUCUGACGAAAUAAGACUAGAAAUAUAAUAGCUUUCAUCAGGAAUCGAAACUUAACAUAUUUUUUUCCAAAUGUAGCUACUAACUAUUAUUGAAGCUAUUUCUACUCAGAUAGCACUUUCUGAUAUAGCUAAUCUCACCUUGAGUUUUGAUACUAAUAACCUCACUUUGAUAAAUCAAAUUCCUUAACAUCAUGGAUUUGACCUAUCUGAUGAUGAGGGUAGUAUCACAACCGUUUAAAGCGUGUGA